GUGAUGAUCAAUCCCGUACGUGACAGCUAUUGUCCUCGCGCUUCAAACGCAACACAUACAAGACUAAAAUAAAGCCACUGCGAUUGAGGAAAGCAUGACAGAUAAGGGAAACAUCCGAGAGGAGGAGGACUAUGUCGGGGAGAUCAAAGGGGGUUUACGGCCGACCAUGAGGCUGAUAGUGAUGGGUAUUGUUCACAAGCAGCCGAAGAGUAUGGUAGUGUUAGUGUCAUGCCAGUCUAAAGGAGAGGGGGAUGAGGAAACAGAGGGUGAUGUGGGGCUGGAGCUGAAGGUGAACUUUCCAGAAAAGGCUGUGCUUCGUAACGCUCGUCUGUCUGGGCAGUGGGGUGCUUCAGAGACUGCCCUCUCUUUUUUCCCCUUUGCUGCAGGAGAGUCCUUUAAGAUGGAGAUUGUGUGUGAGCAUCAGCAGUUCCGUAUUCUGGUGGAUGGGCAGCCCUUGUGUGGUUUUUCACACAGACUGGCUCAGCUAGCUUCUCUAACUUCUCUUAGAGUCUAUGGAGAUCUACAGCUCACCAAAGUGGCUUGAGCAAGAUGGGAUUAGCCUGCAAUGAUGACACAGACUAUUCAUAGAACCAACUCAACUGAGGUUUUAGAACCCUAAGCCUACUGUACACAAGUCUUAUAGUUCCAGAACUCUCUCAGUUGAUUUAAAACUUCUAGAACUCCUUUUCAGUUGGUUCUGGGUUUGCUUUGGUAGGCUAAGUGGACUUUUUAAAUUUCUCCAGUGAUUGUCAUUUGCAGUGAAAUGGUUACAAAGACUUUUUCAAAGGGCUUUACUGUACGUUUAGAAACAUUUGUAUUAGGGAAUCUAUAAAGAAGCUUUGUUACCUCAUGUACAACCAACUUUAAACCCAAUCCAAUCCAUUCCAUUACUAUAAACUUAGAACUCACUGAGUUGAGACAGAUAACGUAUUUUAUGUUCGUGAGUGAAUCAACCAGAAUUCUUUUUUUUUUUUUCUCAGCACCAUGUUAUUCUGUCUUCUAGUGCUUAUAUAUUAUUGUUCUUUAGUAAAGGUAUUCAUGUCAUCAUUUCAGAUUGAGGCCCAACUAGAUAUCUUAAACUUAUACAUCUUUAAAAUAACUAAUACCUAAAAUGUUUUGUUUGCUUUGUGAUUAGAUAUGGAUAAGUUAAUUUGGCUCUUUGAUUCGGCAGUUAGUGCCUUUUUUUGUUCUUAUAGAUGCACUUAUACAAGAGAGUUAACUGGUUGGUAGUUAACUGUUGUAGUACAAAUUCAUCUGUAAUAACAUGAUAUAUUUUGCCUGUCUUAGAUUUACAUUUACAUAAAAAAAACGGUUAUGUUAGUUUAACAAUUAGUUCAAUAAUUUGAACAGAAUAACUGAGAAUCAGAAGAGAAUCAUUUUUCUUUGUUUUUCAUCUGAAUGUACUGCUGAGCAGCUUGAUGGAAAAUCAGAGAAAUUAAAUGCCUUUUGCGCCGUUUCAUUAAGAACCUAAGCAUUGACUCCCGAAUGUUCACUUUAAAAUGCAAUUGUAUUGGUUUGAAGAAAAUGGACUCAAAGUCUGAAGGCUUGUGCUCUGUCUGUACUUUUGAUGGUGCUGUCAAUUUACUGUCUUAUGCUGCAAAUUUAGCAUGUAUUCAAUAACAAUGUUUACA